AUAUGACUCAGUAGGAAAAGUGCUUUAUCUGGAGUCACCCGGGGUUCCCAAUUCAGACAUUAAUCACCUGUGUGAUCUUGGAGAAGUCAUUUACCUUUUCAGGCCUCAGUUUCUCGCCUUCAAAAUAAGGAAAAUGGUUAGAUCACUAGUGAAUUUCUGAGUCUAUGACCCUGUGAUCUACAAACUGAUGCAAAGUAAACUUAAGAGGAUCAGGAAAAAGAUAUAUAUACAAUGACUACAACAAUGGAAAUGGAAAUAACAACAAUGAAGGAGAAACUGAAUUCUGUGUAAUUAUAACCACCAAGCUGGGCUCUGGAGAAAAGCUGAUCAAACUAUUCCCUUCAUUGAAAAUGUGCAGGGCUAUGGGUAGAGAAUAUUGCACACACUAUUGGACACACCUGAAGUAUUGGUUAAUUUUUAUGUUCUCCCUACUCCCACUGCACCCAAUUUUCCUUUAAAAUCUUUGUUAUAUGAGUUGGUUCACUGGGUAUGAGAUGGCAAGAGAUGUAUUCAAAAAUCAAUGUGCUAAUAGAAACAAAGGGCAUAAAUACAAAUAAGGUAAAAAUCUUUUAAAAUAAAAGCCCAAUUUUUAGGAAGUAUCUGCAGAAAUGCAGAGGAUUGUAAGAUGUGGGCAAAGGAGAGAUUUUUGCAUAUUUAAGUGAGGCAAGAAAGGAUAGGAAAAACUAAUUAAAUACAGUCCCAACUUGGAGGAGGUCAGUUUUUCUUUAAACUCCUUCUCUGCCUGUUACUAUGUAUAGAGAGGGGAGCUUCCUUAGCAACAGCUUGACCUUUUAAAGGGGCAGCAGCUAAAAGUUAGUGAUGGCUCCUAAGAAAAAACCAGAGACUAAGAAGAAAAAGAAGAAGAUAGAUAUCCAGAUAGCUACUAAAGCCAUCGAGGAAGUCUUAACAGAGACUCAGGAGUUCUACCACAGGCAAAUCCAGGAGCUGGAGAAUCAACUUGAGAGGUACAGAAAGAAGUGGGAUGAGUUGUCGCAGCAGGAGAAAGCUUUCCAGGAGGAGUUCGACCAGCUGGCCCACAACAAAAAGGAGGUUGUUUCUUUCCUGAAACGAACUCUUAAUCAACGUGUGGAUGAGAUCGCUGAACUUAAUUCUCAGCUUCAGGGGCUCCAGAUCUCCAAAGAGAUGGAGAAGGAUGCCUUUGAGGCCCAGCUGGCCCAGGUACGCCAUGAAUUCCAGGAGACCAAAGACCAGCUCACCAUGGAGAAUAUCACGUUAGGAGCUAAGUUGGCUGCGCUAGAGGAAUUCCAAUUCCAGAAAAGUGAUCUCAUGUCCAAGUUUUCCCUUUUGGAAGAGCAGCUGAAGAAGCAGCAAGAUGACUACAAGUCUUAUGUUUACCACAUGGAAAUGAAGGCUUUGACAGAUAAAGAGAGACUUCGGAAGGAUAUAAUCCAUCGUAUAAGCACGGUGGCGGCUGAGUUUCGUGAAGUUUCUAGCUCCCAAAUGGCAGAGACAACAAAGAGAGCUAUCCGGGAGAACAUGGCAGUGGCCCUGGAUCUGGCCAGAAUAAACAUGGGAAACUCGGAGCAGGUAAAGGAGAAUGAUGCUCUGAAGGAGUCCAAGGUGGAAAUGUGCAACCAGUUGGCCCUUAUGGAGAGAAAUGAGAAGACCAUGAUGAAGAACAGCCUCACUCACAUCAAGAUAAUCCAACUUCUUUCUGAAAAGUACCAGCAGCAGCAGCACGCAGAAAUUGAAGCUGACCAGCUUCGAAUAAUAUUGAAUCAGGCAGAGAUUGCUUUUCAGAAGAUGGAGGAAGACAACAAGGAGUUAAAGAACAGGAUAAAGAUCUUGAAGAGGCAAUUGAGUAGCCAGAAUACAGAGGAGAAGAGACUGCUGAGGGAGCUGGAAAAGGAGAAGGAAAAUCGGCAAAGUCUAGAGGUUUUGCUGACCAAAGUCACUUGCCACCUUCAAGACUUGCUAAAGGCACGCCCUGAUAAAACUGAGGCUGGCGAGGUAGACCUGUUAUUCCAGCUAGGGAAGAAGGAGAUGCUGCGGCAGCUGCUGACUAUGCUGAACAAGGUUCUGGUUGUGGAGCCCAGUAUCCCUGAAUUUGUGCCUCCCCCAGUUAAGUCUCCCUCUCUUCAGUCCCUCCUGACAAGUAUCGAGGAGAGUUCUCAGCAGCCUGAGCCCUCCCCUCUGUUGGAGCAACUGGCGGAGAUUCAGCCUUAUAGACUUGGGGACUUGGGCCUGGUGCCCCGUCCACCCUCCGCUGCAGAGGAUAGCCAAAGUGCUGAAACAUUCAAAAAACAUAGGCUUGUUAAGGCCUACAGCAACCCUGAGAUUCCAAGCCCUCGAAUAUUGAGCGGGGUUAAGCGGGGCAGCUUGCCAGCAUUCCACCUGAACCCCAAUUGGGGAGGACAGCAGGAAUAGUUUCCCCUUCUCCAUUCUUUGGCCCUCAGCUCUAGCAAAGGGGGAAGUAAAAGAAGAAAUGCAUGAAGAAGAAAUGUAGGCUUGAAUUUGGUGGGCUCAUCUUUAUUUCCUGGGCAAGGGUGGGAGAGAAGGUAAAUGUUUUAUAAAAUGGUUAUUACACAGAAAUGGAAGAGAAUUUGUGCUGGUGACUGAGCCCUCCCCUCCUCUGCUAUUGAGCUCCGUGCCCCUUAAGAUAGAAGCCCUGGUACCUGCCCUAUGGUAUGGUGUCAGAGAGAACCCUCCCAAGGCAAGACUGCUUCAUGAGUCACCCCUCCGCCAACCCAUCCCAUUGGGUCAACCCUGAGAGACUGAUGAGGCUCCAAAUAAGUUUCUCGGGCCAAAAAGGUGAAAGGAACAUUUCAGGAAGUUCUGGCAGAGUAGAAAGUUUAGAGAGACCUUCCACGAGGGAGUGAGGAAACAGAACUGUGAGUGCUUCUUAGAAUGUUGGCAGUGCCAACCAGGAAGAGUCAGGCCAUGUUAGAUGGAUCCAAGCAAGGAAAAGUCCCUUUGUAGAAUACUUCCCCAUUACAAAUGUCAGGGCUAGGAGAGAGGUCCCUUCUUUCAGCCCCUUAUCUCAAGACUUAGUCCUCCACAUGGAGGUGCUCUCUAGGUAAAGGUGCAGUAUCCAGAAACAUCAGGACAGGUCUCUGGGAGAACAAAAGCAGACGCCUGAGUUGAAUCAACUGAUGGACUAUGACUCUGCUAUGAUUCCUUUCCAAGCAAAUCCAGAAAAACUGAGUGUUUGACAUCAGAGCGUACAUGAGAAAGGGGGAGGAGAGGUGCCUUAUUGUCUACCUUCCCUGGAACUGCCCUACCCAGUCCACAAGUAUUUGUUCAGUGCCUCCUGUGGGCCAAACACUGAGGGUGCAAGGAUGGAGCAAUCUCUCCUCACAAGAACUUCCAUUCUAAAGGA